UUCCAGAAGCCAUCCAGACAAAGCUCAACUGCAGAGUCCCACUCCACACAAGGAGAAUUGAGAAGAAUGGCUCCCUCAUAUGUACUUGUCACUGGAGCGACUGGCUUCGUUGGAGCGCAUGUUGUUGAUUCACUACUCAAGCGUGGUCUAAAAGUUCGAGGGGCAACGAGAUCGAAAGCGAAAGGUGAAGCAAUGAUCAAAGCUAGGCCACAGCAAGCCUCAAAGUUGGAUUUCGUAGAAGUACAGGAUUUUGAGAGUGGCGGCAGCUUUGAAGAUGCAAUCAAAGACAUAGAUGGAGUCAUCCAUGUUGCAAGUCCCUUCAGAUACAACACCACCAACAAUGAGAAAGAGCUCAUAAUUCCUGCAAUCAAUGGCGUACGAGCUAUUCUAUCGGCAUCAGUCAACAGCAAAGUUGAACGAAUCGUGAUCACUUCGUCCUUCGCCGCGGUGAUGGACCUUCACCGCAAAGCCCCACCCUACUUCAUUUACACAGCUCAAGACUGGAACCCAUUGACUUACGAUGGGGCCAGCGAUUCAGCCACAAGCGCUGUUGUCGCGUAUCGUGGUUCCAAGAAGUUUGCUGAACUUGAAGCUUGGAACUUUAUGAAAGAGAAAAGCCCCGACUUUGACAUUGUUACUCUUUGCCCACCAAUGACAUUCGGUCCUGUGGUACAUCCUGUCGACAAAGUUGAACAUCUGAACGAGUCCAAUGCAAUGCUUUGGCAGGUGGCAAAAGGGGGUGGCCUUCCAGCUGCUAGGGUGCCUUUUUGGGUAGAUGUGAGGGAUUUGGCAGAAGCUCAUGUUGAGGCAUUGUUGAAGCCAGAGGCUGGGAAUAAAAGGCUUGUGAUAGCGGCACCAGAACCAUACUCAUAUGGCCUUGCUGCAAAGAUUAUUGCUGGGAAUUUUGAGAAGUUGAAAGAUGUAGUUUCCAAGGAAGAACAAGCAAUUGACGAGAGCCAUGGUCUCGACGGGAGCACUGCAGCGCAAGAAUUGGGAAUCAAGUAUCGAACUUUCGAGGAGACUGUUGUGGAACUGGUGUCGCAGGUCAUGAAGAUGGAAUAGCUUAGCAGACGGAGGCAUGAGUGGAUGUUGAUAG